AUGGCACCGCUUCCGCUCCGCAAACCCGUAGCCAAAGACCGCUUUCCAACGCUCUUCUCUACACUCAAGACUCAGGUCUACCAUGAUCCCGCAUCUCGUGGCCCGGGCUCACACACCAUCCGCACCAUAGCUUGGAACCCUACAGGUCAACUCAUAGCCACAGGCUCUGCCGACCGUACCCUUCGGGUCUGGAACCCCGAUAAACCGCAAGUAAAAAAUAGCACUGAGCUACGAGGUCACACUGGGGGCAUUGAGCGAGUCGCAUGGAAUCCAGUGAAAGAAGCCGAACUCGCGAGUGUGAGCAGCGACGGCACAUGCAGAUUUUGGGACGUACGAAAUAAGAUCUGUACGGCCAUCGUGCAGCUGGGCGAAGCAGGCCUUACAGUCUGCUAUUCCGCCGACGGGGAGUCUGUGAUGGUUGGACGGAGGCCCAUACAGACAAACCAAAUCCUCUUUUCAUACUCCGCACCGCCUUCCCACCUCCUCCUAACCCGUGGUGACGGCUCCGUCUCUAUCCUCUCGUAUCCCUCUCUCAACCCUCUGCAUUCAUUGUCCGCACACACUUCCUCCUGCCUCUCCCUCGCCCUCUCACCCACGGGACGGUAUCUUGCGAUUGGCGGCUCCGACGCCCUCGUCUCAUUAUAUGAUACGUCAGACUGGGUCUGUAAGAGGACGAUCACAAGUCCCGUGGGUGCUGUCAAGAGCGUGGGAUUCAGUUUUGAUGGGAGCUAUGUGAUUGCGGGAUGCGAUGAGAAUGCGAAUCUCGAGGUUACGCAUGUGGAGACGGGAGAUGUUGUGGGAACGAUACCACUGGGGACAGGCGUGGGGGGAGGGCAAAUUGCAUGGCAUCCAGGGCGGUACUGGAUUGCUUUUGCUGGAGACGGUGGCGGGCUCAGAAUCCUGGGUGCAGCAGGCGGGCAACUGUAG